UCUGUCAAAUUUUGCUUUGACGUGUCGUGAAUUAGUGAUAAUUUGAUUUUCUAUAUUUUUGCUAUUUUAUACGAUGGUUUCGUAUUAACCGCGGUAGUGUGUGAUAUUAAUAGAACCAAGGGAGCGGUGCAAAAUGGAUUUCUUUAAAAGUGGUCUCAAGACCGUGCUCGGCGCCCCGGAGCCCGGACAACAACCUUCGGCUGGCGAGACGGUGGAGCGCCUAGUGAACCGCGUGGAGAACUCCACACUGCUGGAAGACCGGCGCGACGCCUGCCGCGCGCUCAAAGCGUUGUCGCGCAAGUACCGCGUCGAGGUCGGCGCGCAGGGCAUGGCCACCCUCAAGCAGGUGCUAGAGCUCGAUCGCGCCGACAAUGAGACCAUAAACUACGCCCUCGACACACUCAACAACAUCAUGUCUCCCGCCCAGUUCGAGGAGGAAGAAAAGAACCCCAACAUUCCCAUGAACAUCGGGGAACAGUUCACAGAAAUGUUCAUCAAGGACCACAACAACAUCCAACUCGUUCUAGAUCUCCUAGACGAAUAUGACUUCAGAGUACGACUAUCAGCAGUCCAGCUGCUCACGUCGCUGCUAACCAACAGGCCUAAAGAUAUACAGGAAAUAAUUCUAGUCAAACCAAUGGGCGUGUCCAAAAUGAUGGAUCUCUUGGGAGACACGAGAGAAGUCAUACGGAAUGAAACCUUGCUCCUGCUAAUAAAACUGACGAAAGGGAACGCCAAUAUACAGAAAAUCGUCGCGUUUGAAAAUGCGUUUGAUAGGCUAUUUGAAAUCGUGUCGUCUGAAGGGUAUUCCGACGGCGGAAUAAUCGUGGAAGACUGUCUGCUCCUCAUGCUAAACUUACUAAAGAAUAACAGCAGUAAUAUCCACUUCUUCAAAGAAGGAAAUUACAUCCAGAAGAUGCUGCCAAUGUUCCAGACUCCCGACGACGCGGAAGACAUCGGCUGGUCUCCUCAGAAGGUGUCCAACGUGCACUGCAUGCUCCAAAUCGUGAGGACUUUAGUGUCGCCGAGUAACGCGGUGCAAAUUAUAACUAGUUGUCAAAAGAUAAUGAAAUACGCCGGCUUGUUGGAUUCUCUGUGCAAUAUAUUGAUGGCGAGCGGUGUGCCGGCGGACAUUUUGACGGAGACGAUCAACACUGUGGGAGAGGUGGUGCGCGGGGACGUGAAUAAUCAAGACUUCUUGGGUAAUGUGAUGGCGCCGUCCAACCCGCCAAGGCCGGCCAUUGUGGUGCUGCUCAUGUCGAUGGUCAACGAGAAACAACCGUUUUCGUUGAGAUGCGCUGUCCUCUACUGCUUCCAAUGCUACCUCUACCACAACGAGAUGAGCCAAGCCAGCUUAGUCCAGACUCUUUUACCUUCCUCCUCCGACGUCUCAAGCUUGACCAGCGGGCAACUGCUCUGCGGGGGGUUAUUCUCAUCCGAUGUGUUAUCAAACUGGUUCUCAGCAGUUGCGUUGAUGCACGCGCUGACUGAGAAUCCAUCGCAGAAGGAGCAGUUGUUAAGGGUGCUGCUUGCGACUAAUAUAGGAAGCUCGCCCGUGUCUCUGUUGCAUCAGUGUACGCUGCUGCUUCAACAGUCGACUAAACUGCAGGCUAAGGUGGCCUUACUAAUGCUCCUCUCGCAAUGGAUGAGCCACUGUCCGUCAGCAGUGAGCGCCUUCCUCAAAGUGCCAGGUGGCGUCGGCUACCUCGUCAACCAGACCUGCUCCAACGAGCACGACGAGAACGAAUACCUUUUACAAGGCCUAUCAGCUUUCCUCCUAGCCAUCUGCAUACACUUCAACGACGAUUCCGUAGAGAAUUACUCGAAAGACUCCCUAAAACAACUUCUGUUAAAAAGGAUAGGCAUGGAGACGUUUUCAGGGAAACUCAGUGAGGUGACGAAGCACGAGUCGUACAAUAAAGCGGCGAAACAUCCACAGUUAAGAGUCAAGGCGGCAGCGGAAAUUCUUAUUGACUACGAAUUCUGCAAGUUGUUCAAAUCCCUUGAAGGAGUGGUGGUGGAAAGCUUCACGGUGAAGAAAGAGAACGGCGUGGACUCCGCGCCCGAAUCCCGCGCCUCGCCUUCGUCUGGAACCCUCCAGCAGUACAAGAGCCUCAUCCGGCAGCAGGACGCGCGUCUGCAGGAGCUCACGCAGCAGCUGGACGGCUUGCUGCAGCACAACCGCCGCCUGCAGGUAGGUAGGAGGUGCGGGACAGUGUGUCCUGCGUUGAUACAGUUAAGGCUCAAAUUGCCAAACCGGAGUGGCGAGCCUUGCCCUCCAGUAGUACAAGAGCCUCAUCCGGCUCACGCAGCAGCUGGACGGCUUGCUGCAGCACAACCGCCGCCUGCAGGUGGGACAGUGUGCCUUGCGGCGAUACAGUUACGGCUCAUGAUGCCUCGCCCUCCUCCGGGAGCCUCCAGUACAAGAGCCUCGUCCGGCAGCAGGACGCCUGCAGGAGCUCACGCAGCAGCUGGACGGCUUGCUGCAGCACAACCGCCGCCUGCAGGUGGGACAGUGUGCCUUGCGGCGAUACAGUUACGGCUCAUGAUGCCUCGCCCUCCUCCGGGAGCCUCCAGUACAAGAGCCUCGUCCGGCAGCAGGACGCCUGCAGGAGCUCACGCAGCAGCUGGACGGCUUGCUGCAGCACAACCGCCGCCUGCAGGUGGGACAGUGUGCCUUGCGGCGAUACAGUUACGGCUCACGAUGCCUCGCCCUCCUCCGGGAGCCUCCAGUACAAGAGCCUCGUCCGGCAGCAGGACGCCUGCAGGAGCUCACGCAGCAGCUGGACGGCUUGCUGCAGCACAACCGCCGCCUGCAGGUGGGACAGUGUGCCUUGCGGCGAUACAGUUACGGCUCAUGAUGCCUCGCCCUCCUCCGGGAGCCUCCAGUACAAGAGCCUCGUCCGGCAGCAGGACGCCUGCAGGAGCUCACGCAGCAGCUGGACGGCUUGCUGCAGCACAACCGCCGCCUGCAGGUGGGACAGUGUGCCUUGCGGCGAUACAGUUACGGCUCAUGAUGCCUCGCCCUCCUCCGGGAGCCUCCAGUACAAGAGCCUCGUCCGGCAGCAGGACGCCUGCAGGAGCUCACGCAGCAGCUGGACGGCUUGCUGCAGCACAACCGCCGCCUGCAGGACGCCCUAAACGACUCGCUAACAUCAAACUCCCAUCUAAAAGACGAGAACACGCUGCUCAAAGCGCAAGUGUCGGCCGCGCCUCUCAACCACCAAGCGCCGAGCCAAGACGACGCCAAGCUCAAGGAGUAUGAGGCCAAGAUGCAGAACUUGGCCGACGAAGUGGCCAGGUUGAAUGGGGAACUGAACGCGUCGAGAGAAGCGCAGAAGACGUCCGCUGAG